GAAUUCCAUACACCCACUCCACCCUGGCGAACAAGAAAUUGCCAAGCAGGAGACAGGGAGCAAAGUCCUAUCAUGAGGGAGGGGAGACCAGUGCCUACAGAGGCCAAGCAGAGAGAAGAGUCCAGUGCCCCGUCAGAAGCACCACUCAGGACUGGUCCACCAUAGACAUCCUGAUCCAACUCCUACAGCUGCUGGUGCUGCUCCUGAUCCUGCCCCAAUACCUGAUGGCAAAGCUCUUCCCCUACCUGAGGGCCCUGCUGACUGCCAAGAGCAACCACAAGAUGGAGAGCAAGAAACGGGAGCUCUUUGGCCAAAUAAAGAGGCUUGAGGGAGCCUCCAGGAAGGUGGCCCUGCUGGAGCUGGGCUGUGGAACUGGUGCCAACUUCCAGUUCUACCCGCCUGGCUGCAUGAUCACCUGUUUGGACCCAAAUCCCCACUUUGAGCAGUUCCUGACUAAGAGCAUGGCUGAGAACAGGCACCUCCAAUAUGAGCAGUUUGUGGUGGCUCCUGGAGAGGACAUGAAACAGCUGGCUGAUGGCUCCAUGGAUGUAGUGGUCUGCACCCUGGUGCUGUGCUCUGUGCAGAGCCCGAGGAAGGUCCUGCAGGAGGUUCAGCAAGUGCUGAUGCCAGGGGGAGUGCUAUUUUUCUGGGAGCAGUGGGCCUUUGUGUGGCAGGAAGUUUUAGAGCCCACCUGGAAACACAUUGGGGACAGCUGCUGCCUCGUCAGAGAGACCUGGAAGGAGUUUGAGAACGCCCAGUUCUCUGACAUCCAAAUGGAACAACAGCCCCCUCUCUUCAAAUGGCUACCUGGUGGGCCCCACAUCAUGGAAAGGCUGUGA